UUAACUAAACACAUACGUAUUCAUACAGGAGAGAAACCAUAUCCUUGUGAUGUCUGUGGCAAAUCAUUCUAUCAAAGUAGUACAUUAGCUAAACACAUUCGUAUUCAUACAGGAGAGAAACCAUAUCACUGUGAUAUCUGUGGUAAAUUGUUCUCUCGAAAUACAGCCUUAAAAAGACACAAACAUAUUCAUACAGCAGAGAAGCCAUACAACUGUGAUAUUUGUGACAAAUCAUUCUAUCAAAGAAGUAGCCUUACUAGUCACAUUCGCAUUCAUACAGGAGAGAAACCAUAUCACUGUGAUAUCUGUGGUAAUUCAUUCUCUCAAAGUUUUUUGUUAAAUGUGCACAAACGUAUUCAUACGGGAGAGAAACCAUAUCACUGUGAUAUUUGUGGUAAAUCAUUUACUGGAAGUAGUAACCUUACUAAGCACAUACGUACUCAUACAGGAGAGAAACCAUAUCACUGUGAUAUUUGUGGUAAAUCAUUCUCUCAAAGUAGUGUUUUAACUGCACACAAGUGUAUUCAUACAGGUGAGAAACCAUAUCACUGUGAUAUUUGUGGUAAAUUGUUCUCUGGAAAUACAGCCUUAAUAAAACACAAACAUAUUCAUAUAGCAGAGAAGCCAUACAAUUGUGAUAUUUGUAGCAAAUCAUUCUAUCAAAGAAGUAGCCUUACUUGUCACAGACGUAUUCAUACAGGAGAGAAACCAUAUCACUGUGAUAUCUGUGGUAACUCUUUUACUACAAGUAGUACAUUAAAUACACACAAACUUGUUCAUACAGGAGAGAAACGAUAUCCUUGUGAUAUUUGUAGCAAAUCAUUCACUCAAAGUAGUAGCCUUACUACACACAAACGUAUUCAUACAGGAGAGAAACCAUAUCACUGUGCUAUUUGUGGUAAAUCAUUCUCUCAAAACGCAUGCUUAAUAAGUCACAAUCGUAUUCAUACAGGAGAGAAGCCAUAUAAUUGCGAUAUCUGUGGUAAAUCAUUCUCUCGAAGUAGUCACUUAUCAAAACACAAAUAUAUUCAUACAAUGGAGAAACCAUAUCCCUGAUAACUGGUAAAUCACUCUCUGAAAAUUCUGACUUAACAAAAACACAAAUAUAUUCAUACUGGGAAGAAAGGUAGAAGGUAGUUUCUUAUUUACUUUUGAUAUUCCAGGUCUUACCUUUGCUGGUCACAUAGGGCCUCUCACUCAGAGUAAAAGGCCGACUGUAUGACGCAUGUAUACGAACCGCCGUGCUACAUGGCAGUGAAACAUGGACCAUUACUGCUGAGGACAUGCGUAAGCUCGAAAGGAAUGAAGCCAGUAUGCUCCGAUGGAUGUGAAAUAUCAGUGUGCAUACUCGACAGAGUGUAAGUACCUUGAGAGAAAAGUUGGACCUAAGAAGCAUCAGUUGUGGUGUGCAAGAGAGACGAUUGCGCUGGUAUGGACAUGUGGUGAGAAUGGAUGAGGAUAGCUGUGUGAAAAAGUGCUACACCCUAGCGGUUGAGGGAGCCUGUGGAAGAGGUAGACCCAGGAAGACCUGGUAUGAUGUGAUGAAGCAUGACCUCCGAACUUUAGGCCUCAACAAGGCAAUGACUAGUGAGCUGGACCUUUGGAAAUAUACAGUACGUGAGAAGACCUGGCAUGGCAAGUGAAACCAUAAUCCGUGGCCUCUGCCAGAAGUGUAGCCAGCUCACUAAUUCGUAUCUUUACCUCAUUGGACACUAAACUCUGCUUGCGAGGACCUGUUGAGGCAAGUGAAUUUGAAAUGGAAAUGGAACCAAAUUCGACGACUGGCACCUCUGCCAACCUCUCUUUCAUUGGACACUAAACUCUGCUUGCGAAGACCUGUCGGGGCAAGUGAUUUCGAAAUCGUAAUUGAACCAUACUCGUUGACUGGCACCUGUGCCAUUGAAGCACUAACAGCACCGUCUGAGCGAGAUCAUUCCAGAGCAGCUGUGUAGCUUUUGUGCCAGUGGCAUGUAAACAGCACCAUUUGAUCAUGAUCAUUACCAGCAUCGCCUUAUUGGCACGUCAGAAAAUUAUUCCAGCGAGGUUAUUGCCAGUACCCCUUGACUGGCUUCUGUGCUGGCUGCACGUAAAAAACACCAUUUUGAGCAUGGCCAUUCCCAAAACCGCUUGAUUGGCACGUAAAAGCACCCACUACACUCUCAGAGUGGUUGGGGUUAGGAAGGGCAUCCAGCUGUAGAAACUCUGCCAGAGCAGAUUGGAGCCUGGUGCAGCCAUCUGGCUCACCAGUCCUCAGUCAAAUCUUCCAACCCAUACUAGCAUGGAAAGCGGACGUUAAACGAUGAUGAUGAUUCCAAUGUCUUAUACAAAGAAAUUAAAGAAUUUCUAGAAAUUUUA